AUGAAUUCUGGAUUUCUGAGACGAGAGGAAGAAGCAUGCACACUAGCAGAAAACUUCGUGAAAUUCUACUACGAAAGCGUAGACAGAAUGCGCCACAGGAUGUCAAGACUUUACCUUGAUUCAGCCACAUUAAUAUGGAAUGGAAAUGGCGUGAUGGGCAACCAAUACAUUCAAGAAUUCUUCGAAAAACUUCCUCGAACAGACCAUGGCGUAUCCACUGUUGAUUGCCAGCCGCUAUCACAAGGAGCUGGAUUAACACAGGACUUUACAUUCGUAUUAAAAGUAUCUGGGACUGUUCUAUUAUCUGCAGACAUUUCGAAGACUUUUCAGCAGAACUUGUUAAUUACUACUGAAGGUGACAAGAUGAAAAUUGUGUCAGAUUGCUAUAGGUUCCUGUGGGAGGAAUGA